GUCAAGCGCAAGUUCCGUUUCCGCCUGUCCCAGAGCACGGGCCUAUCUCGCGAGACCGGGAGGCACACGUGCGUUCCUCGGGUUCAUGUUGCGGUAGCCAUGGACGCUUUGGAUCGAAUUGUAAAGCCCAAAACGAAAAGAGCCAAGAGAUUCCUUGAGAAGAGGGAACCGAAACUCAGUGAAAAUAUUAAAAAUGCUAUGCUGAUUAAAGGGGGAAAUGCAAAUUCCAUGGUGACACAAGUACUUAAAGAUGUGUAUGCCCUGAAAAAACCAUAUGGCGUUCUGUAUAAAAAGAAAAACAUUACAAGACCAUUUGAGGAUCAGACGUCAUUGGAAUUCUUUUCAAAGAAGUCAGAUUGCUCUUUAUUUAUGUUUGGCUCCCAUAAUAAGAAGCGGCCAAAUAAUCUAGUAAUAGGUCGUAUGUAUGACUAUCAUGUGCUGGAUAUGAUUGAAUUGGGUAUUGAGAAAUUUGUCUCUCUGAAAGAUAUUAAGAAUAGUAAAUGUCCUGAGGGAACAAAACCCAUGUUAAUAUUUGCUGGUGAUGAUUUUGAUGUAACAGAAGACUACAGAAGGCUAAAAAGUCUUCUUAUUGAUUUCUUCAGAGGCCCCACAGUAGCAAAUAUCCGCCUGGCUGGUUUAGAGUAUGUUCUGCACUUCACUGCACUGAACGGGAAGAUUUAUUUUCGGAGCUAUAAGUUGCUGUUGAAGAAAUCUGGUUGCAGAACACCAAGGAUUGAAUUGGAAGAGAUGGGACCCUCAUUGGAUCUGGUUCUGAGGAGGACACAUCUGGCAUCAGAUGAUCUUUAUAAAUUAUCUUUGAAAAUGCCAAAAGCCCUCAAGCCAAAGAAGAAGAAAAAUGUCUCCCAUGAUACUUUUGGUACAACUUAUGGAAGGAUUCAUAUGCAGAAGCAAGACCUAAGCAAACUACAAACCAGGAAAAUGAAGGGGUUGAAGAAGCGACCUGCAGAAAGGAUAACAGAAGACCAGGAGAAAAAAUCAAAGAGAAUUAAAAAAAACUGAUGGAACUUAGCCAGUGACUAUAAUGUUAUUGUAGUCUGUUUACUUAAGAGUAUUAUCAAUCAUCAGGCAUUUGUAAGUUUCUUAUAAAAGAUUUUAUUAAAUGUUUUUAUAGUAUGGUAAUUUACCUAAACUAUAUAUUAUAUAUAUUAUGAACACUAAUCUACUGGUAUUAGGUUGAA